AGGGAUACUACUGCUCAGGCACAGUCUAAAACAAGCUCAUCUGGUUUCUUUUAGGUUCUGUUCUGAGAUGGGGAAACUGCAAAGCAAACUCAAAUACAGCACUUACAAAUACAGCAGGCCUGAUGGAAUCAUAGAAGAGAGAGUACCAGCUAAGACUUUGCAAGAAUAUAGUCCAGCUCAUGUGGAUUCUGUCUCUGUGGUUGCUGCUCUGCGCUCAGAUCUUUGUGUCUCUGGAGGCAAAGAUAAGACAGUUGUGGCCUAUAAUUGGAAAGCCGGAAAUGUGGUGAAAAAGUUCAAAGGACACGAACGAGAAAUCACCAAGAUCACAUGUGCCUCCCAGUCGGACGUGUUCUUCAGCGCUUCUCGAGACAGGAGGGUCUUGAUGUGGGACCUGCACAGCUCAGCUCAGCCCCUGCAGCAGCUGGCAGGCCAUGCCAUGGUGAUCACGGGGUUGGCCGUGAGUCCAGAUUCCUCACAGCUGUGCUCAGGCUCUCGAGACAACACGCUGCUUCUCUGGGACGUGGGGCGUGGCCAGUGUGUGGAACGUGCAGCAGUCUCCCGGAACCUGGUCACUCACUUGUGCUGGGUCCCUCGAGAACCAUACAUAUUGCAGACCUCAGAGGACAAAACCCUCAGAUUAUGGGACAGUCGGGGGCUGCGGGUUGCUCACAUCUUUCUCACAAAGCAGCACAUUCAAACAUACUGUGAGGUCAGUGAGGAUGGACACAAAUGUGUCUCCUGCAGCAGUGGCUUUGAGGGGGAAGGCUGUGAAGCCACGUUAUGGGACCUAAGACAGAUGCGGAACCCAAUAUGUGAAUAUCGAGGACAUUUCCAAACCGUCGCGUCCUGUGUUUUUCUACCAAGAUCACUGGCCUCAAUGCCCAUGAUUGCUACCUCCUCACAUGACUGCAAAGUGAAAAUUUGGAAUCAAGACUCUGGAGCCUGCCUCUUCACCUUGUCUCUGGAUGGGUCUGGACCUCUCACUUCCCUGGCUGUUGGUGACACCAACUCUUUAUUGUGUGCGAGUUUCAACAGAGGAAUUCACUUACUCAGAGUGGACCAGAACCAAGGGCUGAAACUGUGGCAAGUGGCAGCUUUUUGAG